AUGAAGAGCUUGAGAUAAAACUGUCCAGUUUAAGUGUUUGUUGUAGCUUGUUCCAGUCAAAAUUUUGGCCAACGUUCAGAUAGAAAUGUAUGAUGUAGAACAAACAUAGCUACCUCUUUAUUGUAUAGAAUCAGGUCUGCUCUAGUCAUGGCAUUUCUAUCUGCAACGUUUUUGUAAUGAACAUGGCCUGCUCACAGGAGGGUAAGGGUUACCCGUUUAUCACCGGUUUUAUUAUGAACCAAUAGUAUCUUGACAUGUAGCAUUUUAAACAAUUGAAUGAUAAUGCACAUUAAGGGUUGAUGAGGAAAGCAACGCCCCCUCCAACAUCAGACCCGUCCCUUUCAAUGAAUAGCACUGUCAAUGUGUUUGCCACAGUCAUGUCACACACAUUCAUAUCAGACAAUAGUGAAAUACCAUAAAAACAAGGGUGUCAUUAACUUGUUUGUAGAUGUGUAGGCUAUUCUUAUAAUACAUUUUCAUUGUUGCACACCUUGAUUUAGGCCUAGGUGGUUUUACUAUUCUUUGUGUUGGGGAAUUUUCUGUUUUUAUUUAUUUUAAUUGUAUCUAAUUUAUUGUAUUUAUUUUCCUUAAUGUCCUUGUCUCUUGUCCAAUUGAGCUUUUAGUAUUUGGCAUCCUUAAUAUACAAAAACAGAUUUUGCUGCUCUUAACCAAAAACUCAAUCAUGGCUUCUUGGUUGGAGAGUUGCUGGCUGGCUGCGUGACGUCUCGCUGAGCCAGCUUAGAGGGUGAGGUCAGGUCUCUCUCAGUUUCUUUAAGCUCCGGAACCCAGUCUCACCUUCAAAGUCCCAGAGCCUAUUUACCAUGCUAGGAGGGAAGAAGGUUCCAGAAGAAAGUGUUUCGGGUGGGCCACGGAAAGGAGAUGACCCUCCGCUGGUUGUCCACCCAACUUUGGAGACACCGUGUGAUGGGUCUCCUGAUGGCUUUGUGUGUCACCUUUUUACUCAUGCUCCUGGCUACUCAGUCAUUGCAGCAUCCAAGGUUCCGAGCAGACUUUGUAGAUGAGCUGCCACCGGCUUCCUCUCAGUUCGACAUGCUCUGCAGCCACAUGCGGCUGGACCUGGGACAGCUGAAACAGGUGAUGCCCAAGAACACUAUCUACAUUACCCUGCUGCGUGAUCCUCUACAGACCUUUGAGUCCGUUUUCAGCUACUACACUUCCACUGUACCUGCCUUCACUCUAGCCAAAAAGGCAGCUGACAGGAAGUCAGCCCUCUCAGUCUUCCUGGAGGCCCCAGAGUCCUACUGGGACCCUACAGAACUAGGAAUGGCCUAGCCAGGAACCCUAUGAGCUUUGACUUGGGCCUCAGCAGCCAAGAGUGUUACGCAUCCUGGCCCAUGGAACUGACUCAGCUGGAGGAGGCCUUCCAGCUGGUGAUGAUCGCUGAGCACUUUGAUGAGUCUCUGGUUCUCCUGGGGGCUCUGCUGCAGCUGGAGCCUGAGGAGCUGGCCUAUGUGCACCUGAACGUCUGUGCCCCCUCGGACAUCACCCCGAUAGAGGACACCAAGGCCAGGCUCUGGGCCUGGAACAGUCUGGAUGUGCUGCUCUACAACUUAUUUCUGCAGGUGUUCUGGGAGAAAGCUGAGCAGUAUGGCCUGGGGAGACUGAAAAGGGAGGUGACCCUACUGAGGGCCUCCACACAGAGGCUCAGACAGAAGUGUGUGGCCAGAGGAGGAGUGCCCCCUGGUGAGCUGGAGGACCUGGUCAGGCCCUGGCAGACCGACAGUCACCAUCCUGGGAUACGAGGUACGAGGGAACCUGACUCUGCAGGAAGAGGGGCUCUGUGUGCGACUAGUGCUGCCUGAGCUACAGUACCAUUCUCACCUGUAUUUCCAGCAGUAUGGCCAUGACAUGAGGUCCAUACCUACAGACUAAUGUGCAGCACUUUCCCUUUUAGAUUCUACACCGCUCAGAAUUUCUGCU